AUGGCCCCCUCCGCCGUUGUUCAGUCUACCGUCCACAAUGGCGAGCAAGACGUAAACCUGACUGCUUCUGCUAUCGACCACCGGUUAACCGAAAAUGGCCAGUCUAACGGAAGCGCCAACGGCCAAAACGCCCCCUCGUCGAAUGGACGAGAUAAUGGUGUAGCUCAACCGAACGUUCGGGAAUUAAAUGCUUCAAACAUCACCUACACAUUCACCAAAGAGCCCCGUGAUGUUCCCGCUCCGGGCGUCCACUCUAUCGACGGCGCAACCAUCAGCACUGACCAUAUGAUUACCGUAGCAUGGUCAGCAAAGUCCGGUUGGGGAACACCCGAGCUGAAGCCUUACGGACCUCUCACUCUCAUGCCCACGGCUUCCGUUCUUCACUAUGCAACCGAGUGCUUCGAAGGCCUUAAGGCCUACCGUGGCUUUGAUGGGAAGUUGCGUCUGUUCCGACCUGACUGCAAUGCUGAGCGAUUUCUCAUGUCUUCGGUACGCAUCAGCUUACCAUCUUUCCCUCCUGCUGAGGUAGAAAAAUUGCUCUUAGCUUUGAUGGCUGUAGACGGACCCAAAUGGCUGCCUCGUGACCGCCCUGGAAGUUUCAUCUACCUACGUCCGACCCUCAUCGGAACCCAGUCUCAGCUGGGUGUGCAAGCACCUUCGGAAGCCCUUCUCUACAUCAUCGCUACUUUUAUGCCUGUCAUGGACUCCCCGGCGGAUGGCAUGAAGCUUCACACGUCGCCAGACGACAUGGUACGCGCCUGGGUUGGUGGAUUCGGGUACGCCAAAGUUGGUGCAAACUACGGUCCUUCUCUCCUGGCCACGCAAGAAGCCCGCGCGAGAGGGUACGGUCAGAUCCUAUGGCUAUAUGGUAGCGAAGGCUAUUGCACAGAAGCCGGAGCAAGCAACUUCUUUGUUUUGUGGAAAACUAAGGAGGGGAAGACUCAGCUCAUUACGGCGCCACUAGACGAUAGACUGAUCCUGCAUGGUGUUACCAGGCGCAGCGUGCUGCAACUUGCUCGUGAGAGGUUAAGCGACGAGAUUGAAGUUGUAGAAAGGAGGUAUACCAUCAAUGAGGUAUUAGAGGCUAGCUCGGAAGGCAGGCUACUCGAAUCCUUUGCUGCUGGUACAGCGUUCUUUGUCUGCCCUGUAUCACUCAUACACCAUCGUGGGCAAGACAUCCAGAUCCCUAUGGGCAAGACAGGCGAGGGUGGCCCAUGCACACUCAAGUUAAAGAGCUGGCUUAAGGAUAUCAUGUACGGGAACGUAGACCACCCGUGGGGCAUCGUCGUGCAGGAGGAAAAUUAG